AAAAUAAGAAAAUUAACAAAAAGUUCAUCCCCCCCAAAGUCUCCAAGGCCCUUGCCUUUGACUUCUUAAAACUCAAUAUCUUGGGCUUUUUCGGUCCCUUGCAAAUCUACUAACACUAUUGUUUUCAAUUCUGUGUGAGUGCCUCAGCUUGGUCUCUGCCAGUGUUCAGGUGUUUCCUCACGCCCUUCCAGGUGCUUAGAAGUGCUUGUAAUCAAUAUGGCCUCCCUCCUGUCUCCCCCCACACUUCCCAUGCAAGGUACAGGUUUGUGGGUACUUCGUAUCUCUAAGGCCUAGAACAGUGCCGCACAUACAGUAGCUGUUCAGAAAAUACAAGUUAAAUAUGUGGAUGAGUGAGUGAUUGACUGCUAUAGUUGGCUUCUACAGGCUUGCUGAAGUUCCUUUUUUAGUGUUUAGUUGCUACCUUAUUGCCUUAUUACCCACCCGAGCCCUUGUUUGCUUUGUUCUGCACUUAGUGAAGUUCAUGGUCUGUAGGGGUGUAGACUCUAUUGGCUAAGAAAAUGAAUGCUGAGUAAAACAUCGGGUUCUAAAAAGAUCUUAAAAUUCAGAGGUGAGAAAGCUUGCUGUAACCAAGAAUAGGCAAGCAAUGGGGAACAGGUCAGGAACUGAAGGGCAGAGCUCAAUCUUGAAGCCAGGAGUGGUAAAGUUAGAUUUGUAUUUGAGAUGAAAAGUUAUAGAAUGCAAAUGAAUAGAGAGCAGACACAAAAGCAGCCCUGUGUGGAGGCGCAUGCCUGUGAUCCUAACACUGAGGAGACCCAAGUUAGAGGCCAGCCUGGGCUACAGAGUGAGUUCCUAAUGCACACGCACACGCCCAUUCCCCCCAAACCAACAAUGGUAGACGAGGAAGGUUGGAAGAAAGUUUUUUUUUAAAAAAAAAAGACAGAAAUUUCAUACACGGUGAGUUACUCCUUAUUAGUGUCUGCGGGUUACCAGCAGUCAGUGGACACUCUAUAAGGUUGAGGCCCGCCGCCUCCUACCUGCACCGGCACUAGUGGACUGCAUUUCCCAUCAUGCAUCGCGCCGGGAGGAGACUCCCGGACCACAACUCCCGGCAUACCGCCUAUCCAGGCGGCGCGGCCCGGAGCUGGUUUGACGGGCGGAGCGGCGGCGGAGGAUGGAGGCGGUGGUGUUCCUCUUCUCGCUCCUCGACUGUUGCGCGCUCAUCUUCCUCUCUGUCUACUUCAUCAUUACAUUGUCUGAUUUAGAAUGUGAUUACAUUAACGCUAGAUCAUGUUGCUCAAAAUUAAACAAGUGGGUCACACCAGAGUUGAUUGGCCACACCACUGUCACUGUGUUAAUGCUUGUCUCAUUGCACUGGUUCAUCUUCCUGCUCAACUUACCUGUUGCCACCUGGAAUAUAUACAGGUUCAUUAUGGUGCCAAGUGGUAACAUGGGAGUGUUUGAUCCAACAGAAAUACACAAUCGGGGACAGUUAAAGUCACACAUGAAAGAAGCCAUGAUCAAGCUUGGUUUCUACCUACUCUGUUUCUUCAUGUAUCUCUAUAGUAUGAUUCUAGCUUUGAUAAAUGAAUGAAGCUGGAGAAGCCGGGGUUGAAGCCAGCCUGUACUACACUGCACAAAUGAGGAGCCAGACACUACUUAAACCACUCUUAAACCGUGACCAUAGCAGUAUAUAUUUUGGUCUUUGAACAAAAAAAACCUAUUUUUGCUGUAUUUUUACCAUAUAAAGUAUUUACAAAAAAAAAAAAAAAAGAAUUGAGUUUUUGUAGAUUUCUGAUUCUCACCCCCAUCACGUGAAAGUGUUUUGUGUCCUCUGUGGCUGUUUGGUAGAGGUAGGAAUGUGUGCCAGCUUUGCAUGCCAAAGAAAUAAGGACACACCCAAAAGAGCCCUUACUAGAUGAGGUCUGAAAAGCCGGAGCAGAGAGCAGUACAGCUAAUCUGGACAAGAGAAGAACGUUAAUUACUCCUCUUGUCUAUAUUGUGGCAACUUCAUGUUAAUGUGGCUUAAGAAUUUUAGGGACUUUUCAGCUAAGUCUUUCAACAGAAAAUGACAUUUUAAGAUAGAAUUAUUUCUUUGCAGUAUUUGAAGGCAUGUGCCCAGGUUCAAUGUAAUUCCUGCUUGCAGAAAGGAAAAAUAAAUUUUAAAAUCAAGAUUUCUAUCAAGAGCUUUCAUUUUAAAGCUUGUAUCUCUAUAAUUCCAUACCCCAUCCUCUCCCCACCCCUGCACACACACACAAUCACUGGCUCUUGCCAGGCUUUAUUUUUGCAUCAUAAUUGUCAUUUGUAUUUCAUCUCUUUAGUAAUAUGUUUUAAUGGAUUUGGAGAGGUGACUUGCUCGAAGCCUCUCGGAAUGAGGAACUCAGUCAUUGUUAGUGAAAUGGCCAUGAGUCCUCACUUGGUGCAGAAUUAAUUGCACCUCCUUUCCCUUGCACUGAUGACUCCGUGGAUUGGGAAACCAGUACAAGCCAUUGCAUGCUCUUGGCAGUAACUAAGGGCUCUAACUCUUGCUCUGGAUGAAGCAGCUAACCUCCUAGUCCGUGUGCAUCGGAUCUUGUGGUGUGAAUCUGGCAGUUCUUUCUCCGUCCUGUUCACUUUGGCAUGAUGGACCUUAAUGGCAAAACAGUGUGUGGUUUCCCAGAGCAAAUGUUUAAAUGUUGCAUGUGUGAUUGAGAAUUGGUAGAAGCAAGAGAGCCAGGAAGCUAGAUUCCCUGUCAGAAUAGGAGCCGAGCUUUGUCUACAUAAGAAAAAAGGAUUCAGGACGGCUUGCAAAGUAAACUCAGUUCACUGGGACUCUGAAAUCACAGAAAUUCUCUCAACAGUAAUCUUGUGUUUCUGCUUGGGAACGGGCUAAGGAGCUGUAACACAGGAGUUACUUUGUUUCCAGCUUUUUCAUACCUUUUCUCUCUGGGACACCUGCUUAACACCCCCUACCUUCCUUUUCCUCUCCGUGUGGCUCAAGCUUUUCAGACAGACCUGUUGAAGGAGUCAUAGAGCUGAGACAAGCUAUCAUACUUACCGUGGCUCCAAGGGCGUGGGUUCAAAUGUUUCAUCUUCUCCAGGUAUUCUUAGUGGAAACUGAAAGCAAUGUAACCAGGCACCUUUGGGCUGUCACUGUUAGGUGUAAGCUGCUAAGGCUGGGCAAAUGAGAAAGCUGCCUAGUCUUUAUCAACCACACUUCGUUCUGAAACACUAACUAGUUACCAACAACCCCUUUCUUUCUCAUAUUGCGUGUGUAUAUCAAAGCCAGGAAAGCGAUUGGGAAAGUCGUUCCUCUGGACUUUUUGGAGGGAGGGGGAUGCUUCUGGAAUGCUGAAAAGGCCAGAGCAAGCCCUGGUCCUCAGUGGCUGUGGUUGGGCUGAUAGUGCUGCUGUACAGUGCUCAGAGCAUUGCAGGGACCUCCGAGUUGUCUGUUCUAGCAUUUUCAUCUCCAAGAUGAAGACAGGCCUAGGGAUUGUCAGAGGUCUCCAAAGUGUGAACAUCUCAAGUCCAGUUCAGUUCAGUGUCCUCCUGUGCCCUCUGUAAAGGCUCUAAUGUUGAGAGCCUGGCCAGUGCAGACUGCCAUUGGGUGCCCCUAUGCUGGCUCAUGUCCCCCUUUGCUUCUAGACUUUUAACAAUAGCACAUGACUGUUACCUCUCCAGAGCUGAGGAAGUAAGACCCAAGAUGCAGCCCCACUCAUCACACCUAGCAGGUCCCUUUUCAUGCCUGCUACACAAGAGGAGGAUGUAGCAAGAACCCAGAGGCUUCCCCUACGUGGUCUAACUUUAAACCUCUGAACUGUCUCCAGUGGGAAGUGCUGUCUCUUGUAUGCACUUGGUCCCUCUUUCUAGACUGUGCGCUCCUGGAGAGCAGAGUCCACUCUGCUCAUGUUUGUGUUGUCUACCUUUCUCUCCUGGCGCCUAAUACAGCGCCUUGCACACAGAAACAAUAAAUGGCUGUUGAAUAACAA